AUGCUCACGAGCCUUUUAUUCACGACGCUCGUAAGCACUGUUUUCGUACAUUCAGUUGGGGCAAACGCCACAUCCCCCUACGUGUUCAAUAUUCCUCCUAGUAACACUGGAUUGGAUAUUCUUGGUCCACCUUAUGAUAGCAUUUUUGUCGAUUUGAACUAUCCCGCUACUGGCGUCUAUCUCACCAAUUGGACUGUUUUGAUGAAUCUUGUGCACAGUCAGGACUAUUAUGGAGCGGCAACGGUGUACUUCCAAUACGAUCAACCCUAUGAUACCUAUGAAUCGGUGUAUGAGCAUUCACUUAAAGAAAUCAUUGCGGAAAAGAAUGACGCUGAAAUGUUUCAACGCUACAACAACCUGCUCACCGCCGCCAAAACGCUGGGCCGCUACCCACUUCCCAGUGAUGCUAUUCCUUUUAUUAUUCCGGUUACUGAUAAUACCACCAUUUCGAAGAGAGAUGAUCGUCAUUGCAGUUGGAACCAUCAUGCCCAAGUCGACAAUUGUCAGGAGGCGAUUGACAUUAUUGACGUUAAUGUUCCUUAUUCAUUCAAAAAGAAAGAAGGAGAGAUGGAAUUUCCUGAUGGAUCGAUAAUUAAGAGAGAUGCCCAACAAACUCUGAUACAUUGUGCCAAUCGUCUGGCUCCCGAUCUUGGUUAUACUGUUAGUGGCUUUAAAAUUGAUUACGGCAACCAUCUGAAAGUGUGUAUUAGUGACAGAGGCACUGGCUGUUAA